AUGGCGACUGAGGUCACGUUUGGUGACGAGUCCCGCGCUGCGCUGCUUGCGGGGAUCGAUGCGGUCGCGAAUGCGGUCAAGGUGACGAUCGGUCCCAAGGGGAGGAACGUCGUGCUGGAGCGCUCCUUUGGCGUGCCGGAGGUCGUCAACGAUGGCGUCACCAUCGCGCGAGACAUAGAGCUCGAGGAUGCGCGCGCGAACGUCGGUGCAAAGCUGAUCGUCGAGGUGGCGUCGAAGAGCGACCAGAAGGCGGGGGACGGGACGACGACGUCGUGCGUGCUGACGCAGGCUCUGGUCGGCGAGGGGCUGAAGCUCGUCGCGUCGGGUGCCAACCCGAUCGCUCUGCAGCGCGGUUUGCAAAAGGCGAUAGAGCUGCGCCCGCUGGCCCGUGGUGGAGCAAGAGAGAGCGCGUCCAAGCUGCUCGCCGCGGAGGUGAAGAAGCUCGCCAAGCCGGUCGACUCUGACGACGAGAUCAAAAACAUCGCCGCGAUGGGGCGCACGAUCGCUACCUGCUUCCAGCGCGACGGGCAGACGCUGACCGACGAGAUCGACUUCACCGAGGGCAUGGAGAUCGACCGCGGCUUCGUCUCUCCGUACUUUGUCAAGAACCAGGCGAGCAGAAGUGGUUCGGAGACGCAGCUGUGUGAGCUCGAGAACCCGCGCGUGCUCGUGACCGACCGCAAGAUCGGAAACAUGCAGGAGAGAGCGAGAGAAGAAGAGAAAGAGAGAGAGAGUAGAGCUGAGAUCGUCCCGCUGCUCGAGGGCCUCGUCUCCUCCAAGGAGCCGCUGCUCAUCAUCGCCGAGGACGCGCUCUCCUCGCUCGUGCUCAACAAGAUGCGCGGCGUGCUCGACGUGUGCGCCAUCAAGCCGCCCUCCUUCGGCGACCGGCGCAAGUCGUACCUCGAGGACAUCGCUAUCGUCACGGGCGCGACGUUCGUGACGGAGCAGCUCGGCCUAACCCUCGAGUCGGCGAGCGACAGAUGCUGGGGCGAGGCUGCUGCCCCUCCGAAGAGCAACCACGCGGACGAGGUUGGGGAGCGGAUCAAGGUGAUCCGCGCGGAGGCGGAGCUCACCGACUCGCAGUUCGACAAGGAGAAGGCGGAGGAGAGGAUCGCAAAGCUUGGCGGCGCCAUCGGACGGAUCAAGGUCGGCGCUGCGACCGAGACGGAGCUGAAGGACAAGAAGCUGCGGUACGAGGACGCGCUCAACUCGGUCAAGGCGGCGAUGAACGAGGGGAUCGUGCCUGGCGGAGGCGCGACGCUCGUGUACUGCCUGCGCUUCAAGGAGCAGAUCCUGGAGCAGAUGACGGACGAGGACGAGAAGCUGGCAGUCGACAUCCUCUUCCGCGCGAUGACGCCUCUCUCUUCUGCGCAGGUCAAGGCGCAGGAGUGGGGCUUUGGCUGGAACGCGGCGACGGGCGAGUACGAGGACUUGCUCGAGUCGGGCGUGAUCGACCCUGCCACAGUCACGCAGCAGGCCGCCCCAGAGGCGGUGCUCAACUCUUGCUCCAUCGCUGCGUCCGUGCUCACGACGCAGUGCCUCAUCACCGAGAUCAAGGAGGAGGGGCCGCCGAUGGCCCCCGGCAUGGACGACGGCAUGGGGAUGAUGUGA